AGUAAUUCUCCAUCUACUCGUAUUAAGCAUUGCAUGGCAUUGGCAUUAUCAGAGAGCAGAUGUGUUUUGUUCGACUCCUUCUUGUUACUGGCUGAGAGACCUCACAAAAAAUGUCAGUUGGGGUAAAGCGCCCACCAGAACUGCACAACUGAACUCUCUUUCUCUCAAUUUCGUCGUAUUAAGCGUACUAGAAUGGAAACAUGCAAACGGCGUUAAUCUAGUUUUGGUGAGUAAAAUAUUUACACAAUUUGCUUAAAUAAGCUCGCACUAAAAUUAUUUAGAAAUGUGGUAAAACUGCACAAUUUUACACAUUCGCGUUCGUCUGGUAGUGGUAGAGAAGAGCGUGCUCAAUUCUCGUCGUCGGAGGUUAUCUGCCCAUCAUUGAACUAUUCGAGUUAAUACGCUCACUGACAAAAUCAGUUUAUUCGAUGUUUUAUCUUAUCGCACUCCGUUAAUGCUAUUCAAGCUGGACUGGGUCACAGCACAGCAUUCAAAUUAAUCAACGAGAUUCAGUCAUCAGUGCUGUCAGUGGUCCGUUUGGGUUACAACGAGCUGAUGCAAAAAUGUCAACGGACCACAUUAUUCGAUUUCACUAUAUAAUAUUUUGUAUUGAAUGACUUUUAAUUGUGAUUACGGACAAACUAAUCCGUCCACAAUUCAAUUGUUCAAUCCAAUAACUAGAGGAAAACAACGCCACAUAACUUUAGUAGCAGUCAGUCCAUGGUGGAGACUCUUCAGUCUUCUGUAACAAUAAAUAAAUGUGAAAAUCGUUUCGUGUGGGAGGUUCUCUCAAUUUUAUUAACGUUCGUCCGUACAUAUAGUCGUGGGUUAAAUACUUGUGAGUACAACGCGAGUGACUUGUGCGUCCUUGUGGCCCUCCUUCGUCAAUAAUCAAUAAUCUUUCUUUGGUGGACGUACACUGAAUGCCAUUGAUGUCACCUAAUGUGAACUAUUUAUAAAUGGAGUGAACAUCGUCAAUCGUGUAAUCACAGUAUAAUUACAUAAAAAGCCUGAGUUGGCAGGAAUGCAAUUUCCAUCACACCCACUUCUUCCUCGCAAUUGGUGACAAAGAAACUGUGAAAGAGAUUCGACUGUGAAUUUUUAGCUGAAGGAGUCAAUGUCGUAACCAGUCUUAUUCUCCCAUUUUAAACAACGAAUGGUGCCUGCAAUUAGUGGAGAUCAUGAAGUCGCCGAUGUGGAAUUGGAAAAUGUUGAAGAAUGCGGAUUACAGCAACUCCAAAGGUGAUGGUGGAAGUGGAUUGCUUCGAAAUUCAAGAGUGCAGAAACCAUAUCAGCCUUACUUACUACCCCCAUCAUAAGAAUCUAUCUGCCUUAUUAACUCCACAGCACAAUAAGCGAUAAGUUUCAAGUUAAUAGCCCCAUUUCACGGUGCGACGACUGCAACGUGGAGUUGAAUUGAAAAGUACAAAUAAUAAUUUUGGCAAACUUUUGUCGCUAAAGUGAGUGAAGUGAAGACGAUCCGUGCCUCAAUCAAAUGAUAUACACACGUGUGUUGGUUGGGAGGUAGAGCAACGCCUCUGUGGACUUGGAAACUGCAAAACUCCAUUCCAACCGUAUACUGCUGCUUUUAUUGUAAAUUAGUUUCGAGUAACAAUACACGAGCGUUCACUACCACUGCCACUCCUGUGAGUUUAGCGGCACUAUCCGUCGUCGUCUUGUCGUCGUAAUAAUAAAAGAGAGGGACGAGUGAAUAAAUUGAGUGGAAGGAAGGAAGGAAGUGCAGAAGAGCGUGACGGAUGGGUAAGCGCCGCGAAGGUGGUGUCAAUGCUAACGACGACAUCGGCGAGGGAGGCGGCGGCGUCGGAGGAACGACAGGCAAGAUGAAGGUCACCGUCUGCUUUGGCGCCGUCCGGGUCAUCGUCCCAUGUUCCAACACGGAAAUGCUCGUCCGGGAUCUCAUGCACCAAGCCAUCCUCAGAUACAAGAAGGCCGCUGGAAAGGGGCAGGACGCUUGGGUUGUUGUCCACAAAUUGAAGUCUCAAUCGGACGGAGGUAUCCUGGAUCUGGACGACAGACUAACUGAUGUAGCGGAUGACAGGGAACAAAUCAUGGCAAUAUUUGAAGAGGAUACUGAUGGAACGCUGCCAUCCUUGCGCCAUAAUGCUGGUGAUGGGACAUCUGCCAGUUCAGUUGGGACAAAUAGUCCGGACAUUUUUCAGGGAACAGAGCACAAAUUUCAGCCUUUUGCCAGAACAGACAUUGAGAUAACUGGAGAGGAGUUGAACAACGGGAUGAUGUCGGGUGGUCCUCCUGGGUCCCUCAACAGUGGAGGUGUGGCCCUACAGGUUCGGAGGGGGAGUGAACCCGCCCUCAACCGAAUGUCCCCCGUUCACCUCCAGCCCCCUGACCCCUCAAAGCGAUGGUCCGCCGCACCCGUCAUUGACGAGGACAAGAAUGGAAUGCACCACAACUUUCCCGUUCCCGAAUCGUCAAGUUCGAACAUGUAUAAGGUUGCAAACAGUGUCAUAUCCAACAUAUCCAAUGCUAGCAGUGAUAACCGUGAAAGUUCAGUUACUUCGUCCUCAACCGUUUUUUAUAAUGAUAUCGCAAAUAAUGCAAGUGUUCAACAAGAUAAGGACGACUCGAGUAAAAUAAGUGACAGUGUUGGUGGAACGACGACGGAGCAUUACACAAAGUUUUUAAGAAACAAAAGUUCCGGCGCAGUCAGCAGACAAAUCAAUAACGAGGGUUCUAGAUUUUCCCGAGAUUGUAAUCGGCUGUCGAUGCAAUUUUUUGGUGAUGGCAGUUCAAAAUGGUCAGAUGCUGCAGACAGAGCUCUGUGGAUGAGUCUGAGGAAGGAGCCGGUGGGCACAAGUCCCAACUCGGACACGACGAGCGAGUCCUACUUUUCCAGCCCAAGAUCGAGAUCUGAAGAACGGUCCCCUGAAAAGGAUGACCUUUCUCCUCGCCCCACUCAAGUAAUUCUGAGAUACGAAGUCGGUCCUCUCGGAAUUCAUUUAGUGCCAGAACACAACGAGAAUGGACAGAAUCAAGGGUUGAUUGUCCAAAAUGUGGAGAUUGGUGGGAGGAUUGACCGCAAUGGAUGCCUCAAAGCUCAGGACAAAAUUGUUGAAAUUAACGGCCAUAGUUUGAUUGGAGUGCAGUUUCAGCAGGCACAAGACUUGUUUCGCCAAGGACUGAAUUCAGAAGAAUUAAGACUCAUGGUCAUCAAACAUCCAAACAACGUAGAGCAGAUUUCUACCGUGGAGAUCAUUUCUCGCGAUGAGAAGGAAAACAUGGUUCACAGUGAAGAGAAAAUUGUGGGAAAUUGCAAACUCGCAACCGUGUCCUCCACAAGGAAAUCCCCCCUCCAACCCGCUCCCAUACUGCGAAAUGGAGGAAUUCCUCUCAUAGCUUCCAAUACGAGAAAAAUUGGGAGAAAGUAUGAAGUUGAUUUACAAAAGGGCCCCCAAGGUUUAGGGUUUAGUAUAACGACAAGAGAUAACCCUGCAGGAGGAAACUGUCCAAUCUACAUCAAGAAUAUAUUGCCCCACGGAGCUGCCAUAGACGACGGAAGACUGAGACCUGGGGACCGUUUAUUAGAAGUAAAUGGGAUUGAAAUUACUGGAAAAACUCAAACUGAAGCCGUUUCCAUCUUAAAAAAUAUUCCACUCGGAGGAAUUGUAAAACUAAUUGUCUCUCGCCAAGAACGUAUCGACCUUAGUCCAAAACUCCCUCGCCAGAUUCCCCCAGAAAAAAUUACCGAAGAUUUGCAACCCUUGCCAUGGUCAGAGAAAGAAGUUCUCGAAUUUGACAUUCCAGUAUUGGACACAGAGAAAGCAGGGCUGGGAAUUAGCGUAAAAGGCAAAACCGCCACCACGACUCAGGUUCAGAGUGGGAUGAUCGAUAUGGGUAUUUUUAUCAAGAGUGUGAUUCAUGGGGGUGCAGCCUCGAGGGACGGUCGAGUCAAAUCAAACGACCAACUCAUCAGCGUCAAUGGAAUUUCCCUUCUCAGUUGUUCCAACACACAGGCGAUGGAAACCUUACGAAAAACGAUGACACAGCCCGUCCCCAAACCAGGCUUUAUCACAUUGAUGGUUGCGCGACGUGUUCCUACCUCUUCUGCGCCCAACACAGAUCUCAGCGGUUGUGGAAGCUCCGCUUCUGGGGACGAAAUGGACUCUUGGGGUGGACCCAAGAACGUAACUUUGUUUGUUGACGGAAGUCGCAAUGAAGAUACAGAAAACGUGUCACCGUAUAGAAAUUCCGACUUCAACACCCAACAGUCGUCACCAGUUGCAGUUUCUACGAAUCACCAAAAUAUGACAUUAGGUUCUCCCACAAUGCGUCAAGCGAUGGACGACAUUGUGAUGCAAGCUCACAUCCCGGACUCUAACAACAUGCAAAAUAUUAUAAACCGAAGUCGUAGCAGCAGUUUGAGAAAAAUAGACAUACUGAAGGGAAAGUUUGAAGGAGGCCCUUUGAAUAGUAAUCAUGUCCAGAGGAUACCGCUAGAUCUACCAAGGAACCCUGUGCUUGAGAGGUUAACUGGAAAAAAUGUUGCAGCAUCCCGAAGCGACAGUUACUAUAAGGCAACUACCGAUGUGUCAUUUAGUCCAACUACGAGUCCACCUGUGCAGAAUGGUCGGCCAGAAAUUGGAAACAAUCGAAAUUAUAGUCCACGCAGAAACAGUGGAAUGUUAAUGCAGCAUGUGAAUGGUGAGGCUGCAAUUGCAAUAUUGGAAGAUGACUACUCGGCCCCUCAGAAACCACCUAGACGAUCAAGAUCAUCUACUCCGGAAGAUGCUUUGGAUUCGAGGAUUCCGCGUUCUGCUGUUCCUUCUCAGGUCUCGUCGCCAGUAUCGACGUGUCCAGGAAAUGAAGCUCCUCCAUCCGACGUGACCUACGCUAGCCAAACGUCACUGGAGGAUGCAGGAGGAUUUUCACGAGAUGCCUUUGGACGACAGAGCAUGUCUGAGAAACGCCAUGCCACGUUGGACGCCAAAAGCACAGACACCUACCAAAGAACCAAAAAGGCACGGGAGGAACGGGAACGUCAUAAACAGCAUGAACCUGACGCUGACAAAUUGAGGGCGCAAAGGCUUGCUGAAGACAAGAAUUAUCAAGAUCAAUGGGCUCGACGUGGAAUAAAGCGACCUUUCAGUUCUUCAACUGAGGAUGAAUUGGCCAGCACGAGUCCUCGGAAUAGCGCCCCCACGUCCCCCGCUGCAGCCGACGAAUACAGCCUGAGUCCACGCGUCCACUGGACAGCACAAUUGUCCAACAAGGUUCAACUCAACAAGGGGAAGCCGGGCGACCGUUUGGGACUUGGGGACCAGCUCCUUCAACUUCUCCAUCACUGGGGGCAGAAAAGAAGUGCGUUCCAACGGUUCCAAAAUUGUCUUGCAUGCAGAAGGGUUAAACUUCACGGUGGCGGUGAUGCAUGUUACAAAAUUAAUCGACAAGAAGGUAUUGGAGGUCUUGCUCGCGUGAAUUCUGCGGAUUCCUUGGUUGACUCGCUAAAAAUGUCUGCCCCGAUGCAUCCUGCUGUUCAACGUGACCGACGCUCGAAAGGGAUAAAGGAUAUCGGGCCAUCACUGGGGAUGAAGAAAUCCUCUAGCUUGGAAUCCCUUCAGACCAUGGUGCAAGAGAUUGUGAUUCAAGAAGAUAUGAAGUUCGGCAACGUUCCGCCAAGAUCUGGUCCUCAAACUAAAGUCAUUCGAGGUCGUGGCUGCAAUGAGAGCUUUCGACAAGCCGUCGACCGAAGUUAUGAGGCACCAUUGAGUGGCCUUGAUAGUCAAAUGGAAACACUGGCGGAAGAAGAAACUGAAUCCUGUAUAUCGGGCGCACCCUCGUCGGGAAGGAAUAAUAUGAGAAUGGAUCUGGGCGACGUUGAAAAACCCACAAAAAAGAAACCAGGACUUUUUCGAGGACUGGGGUCAAUGUUUCGAUUUGGGCGUCAUCGAAAGCCUACUGCCUCCAUGAUGAAGGGUCAAAGUGGAGAUUGGGAUGGUCAAGAUAAGGGUGGGCAUUAUGGCUCAAAUAUCGAUCCCGUUCAGGAGCAGUAUAGAAGGUUGGCUGAAAAACGGGACGCUCGGAGCAACGCGUAUGGAACAACUACAAAUUCCAAUGACUACAUUGAUGAACGACAACUCCAGCCGAGCAGAACAUCCAACCACUACAGUACCGGAAGUGGGAGCAUGCGAGUUAAAAAGCAGAGCAGGAAACCCGUGGAAAUUUCUGAGCAAGAUAUCAAUGGGAACCCUAGGAAUCCUAGUUCACACCUCCGAUCAGCAAGUUACGACGUGUACAAUGAAAUAAAUAAUCGGCCAGGAAGUCGGGUUGGAUUUGUCGACCCAAAGAAAUCGUCAUCCCAUUACAUCAAUUAUGAUGAAAUCAAACAACAUCUAAACGAGCCUCCUGGUGGAAGAAAUUUCGGGAAUACGCAAGGGAUAACUGAUGUGCAAUUACUUCAAAUGCGAAACACGGUUGUGGAACAGAGAAAAAAGGCAAUUUUGGAAAGUCGGAGACAUCAACAACAUUACCAUUCUCAGCGUCGCGAUAGCCCUCGAGAACGUCACGAUCGACCAGUGUCCAAUUUUUACGAGUAUGAAAGUGUUCAAGCAGCGAUGCAUUCACAGCAACAACAACCGCACAACCAAGUGCAUAAUCAAGUACAGGUCCAAGGAGGAAUGCCCGUCAGUCAGCAUGGCCACUAUGGUCAAAUGAACACCGUGGCCAUUCAACAGCAGCAUCUGCAACAUCAGAGCAAGAGAAACAACAACAAUGGAAUAACUCUUCCAAGUCCAACAGUGCCUUUGUCGAUGGGUGUGAUGAGGAAGCAAGUGUCUGGUUCCCAGUUCCAAGCUGUGCCCUCCUUCCAACAGAAUCAACCUGUUGGGCGUGACACUGGUCGAGGGGGGACUUCUUCCAACCACACAAAUAACGUAUGCACCUUUAGCGGGCAAUCACAAUCACAACGCCAGACCACACAACCUAACCUACAUCAAAAUUCCUUGCCCCGGCGACACCACAAAGAUCCCAUGAAUUACAAUCAACCACAAACCUCGAGUCAUUCCACGUCACAACAUAGGCAAACUCUUCAAUCCCAUCAAUUCCCUUCGUCCUCAUCCACAGGAGGUCGUUAUGCUAUAGGCCCUCCACAAGGGUCGUACUCACACCCCCAACAGCAACAACUCCACAACCAAAAUCAAAACUAUGGUUAUCAUCAUCCACAGAAUCAUCAAGUAACUCAGCCGCAGUCAAGUUCCACGCUGCGAGUAGUAACGCCUCAGCAGCAUUCCAAUAACAUUUCGAACGGUGGUGGGUCGUACUCUUCUACCUCAAUGUCUGUCGGAUCAAAAGUAUGAGUCUUACUGGUCGUAUAAUAAUUUUUACAAUACUUAACCCUGGUGAUUUUGAAGAUUAGAGUCAUGUGUAAAUGAAAGAGAGUCGUGAUGAUUUAAUUAUCCUUCGAAACAAAAAUAAGUCAGCUAUGAUUCAAUAACGAUAAUAGCUCAGAUGACAAUGAUUGUAUAUUUAAAUGACACGUUUUUGUACUUUCCAUUAUUCAUGAUUAUGGAAAUUUUGGAUCUCAUAAUUUUAAGGCCGCCGUCCAAUAUACAUAAGUGUAUACAUAUAUAUUCAUUCCUUCGAUAUGAUAUGCAAAUUUAUUGUGGUCUAGCCAAACUAAUUAAUGUAUAGAAUUAUUAAGAUGAUAUACAAAUAUCAUAAAAGUUGGGCAUCGCCCAAGUACGCGUAUGUAAUAAGCACAUGUUCAAUGCACGAAAAUGGCUUUUCUACAACGUUCUUUUUGGAUUCUUUACUUACUUUGACUGUUUUUCUACUCAAACUUUUUGAUGAGUUUCAGUUUUUUAAACUUUUUGUUUAAAGACAAUCGGUGGGAAUUUCUGCAACAAGCUUCCCAUCCAAAUUUUUUUCGGUACAAGGUAAUCCUAUAAAUCCCGGUUUAUUUAUUUUAUCGUCCUGUCGAGUGAUUUUUUCGCAUGUUGCAAAAAAUUGCAAUAUGCAAGUGCCAAUUGGUCGAAUAUGUAUGAUCAGCGCAUCUCGGUAUUUUUACCAGCCAUGAAUAUUUAAUUGAUACUGAAUAAAAAAUUACUUGCAGACUCAA